AGAACCACAUAGGUUUCACAAUUGGGAAACUAUCAUACUACGUGCGGGAUAUAGACGGCGCAUACGACGCAUAUCAAAGUCUUCUAACCUACAAUAAUGAUUGUGUGCAUGUAAUGCACUCUCAGAUACUCUUCCAGAAGGGUAUACAGGACUUCGUAUCAGUGGUUCAGAUCUACCUGCAGUCCCAGCCCCCCAGCACCACUGUGGAACUACCUAUAACCAUAGUGGAUCAUAACAUCCACUUGUCCUUGUUCGGGGAGAAGAUGUCGGGGAUGGUGAAGGAGACCCUGGUAUAUUUUGACAAAGCUAAGAGACAGGGAGAGUUAGAGCUUGAAGACGUUGCUCACGGUCUCAUGAGUGAGGGGCGGAUAUGUUUCACUUUCACUUUCACUUUCAGAUUUUGA